AUGGGGGGCACAAACAGCCCCCGCCCCAUUUUGGGGCAACGCCUCCAGGUGCUGCUGCGGACCCCGGACGGCGUCUGCGUGCGAGGAGGAGCUGCGGGUGGGUGCGGGUGGGGACCCGACGGGACGCGGCGCAUCGCCGUCGGGUCCGGGAAGCAGCGCUGCGCUGUGCGAGGGGCUGCCCUUAAAGCUGCAGGGACGAGCCGAAGUGUGCCGGGACCACCCGAAGUGUGCCGGGACCACCCGAAGUGUGCCGGGAUCACCCGAAGUGUGCCGGGACCACCCGAAGUGCCGCCGGGACGAGCCGACGUGUGCCGGGAUCGCCCGAAGUGCCGCAGGGGUCGCCCGAAGUGCCGGCGGGACGAGCCGAAGUGUAGCGGGUCGACCCGAAGUGCCGCCGGGAUCGCCCGAAUUGCCGCCGGGACGAGCCGAAGUGUGCCGGGACGAGCCGAAGUGUGCCGGAACGAGCCGAAGUGUGCCGGGACCGCCCGAAGUGUGCCGGGAUCGCACGAAGUGCCGCCGGAACCACCCGAAGUGUGCCGGGAUCGCACGAAGUGCCGCCGGAACGACCCGAAGUGCCGCCGGGACGACCCGAAGUGCCGUCGGAACGACCCGAACUGUUACGGGACGACCCGAACUGUGCCGGGCUCGCCCGAAGUGCCACCAGGACGAGCCGAAGCGGCGCCGGGAUCGCCCGAAGUGUCGCCGGAACGAGCCGAAGUGCUGCCGGAACCACCCGAAGUGUGCCGGGAUCGCCCGAAGUGCCGCCGGGACCGCCCGAAGUGUGCCGGAACGAGCCGAAGUGUGCCGGAACGAGCCGAAGUGCCGGCGGCCGCACGUGGGGACCCGCGGAGCUGCCAUGUGGGCCGUGCUGUGUUGGGCGCUGGUGCUGCGGGCGCUGCACGGCGCUGCGGCGCUGCCUACUGCGACGCGGUGGAGCCGGUGGUGCUGCCGAGCGAGGGCGGCUUCGUGAAAUACGAGAGCAGCAAAGCUGGGAAGCGGCUGCAGCGCAGUGAGGGGAGCUUCCAGCGCAACGCCCCGAGCUCAGAUGUGCUGCUGACUCUCGACGUCUCCACGCGGUUCCAACGGGUGAAAGGUUUUGGGGGGUCUCUGUCCGAUGCUGCUGCCCUCAACAUCCUGGGGCUGCCCCAGCCGGCUCAGGAAAUGCUCCUCCGCUCCUACUUCUCCGACAGCGGUCAGUGCUGAUGUGGGGCCGGCCCUCCAGCAUCCCUCCAGCAUCCCAAUCG